GCCCAUCGGCCACCACGACCAAGCACGCCUAGCCGCCAGGUGGAGCCGCGCUCGUCGACAUCGACCAUGCCCUGGUGGCCCUUCUCGCUCGGCGGCGCCUCGAUGGGCGACACGUCCUCGCCCGCCCUCUCGCCGCCCAAAAGCAACCCUUCCUCGGCCCCGACAGCAGCCCCGAGCUCGCCAACGACCACCGCCAAGCAUGUUCAAGGCCCAGGAGGCGCGACCGACCCCGACGCGCCCGAGGGUGCCGAGGCGCAGACGGCGCUCGCGAGUUGGGCCGCCCUCCUCGAGCCGUUCAACGCAGGCGGCGGCGCCCUCCCCGAGAAGGCUCGCACCGACGUGCGCCAGAAGCUCGCGAGGCCCAACGCCCACCUGUGGGAGUACGUCCCCUUCUUCGCCAAACAAGGGACGUCCCUCACCAAGGCCUUCGUCCAGCACCACAUCUACGGCCCGCCAAAACCGUCGUGGGGCGUCGAGCUCACCCUGUUCACGACGUUCCUGCGCGAGGUGUCGACCUACUCGCACCUGUCGUCCCUCGCCCGUCUACGGUCCGCCCUCGAGCUCAGCUCGCUCCUGCCCACGCCCAAGGACGGCAUCGUCACGCCCAUCUCGUUCAAGGUCAAGCGCCGCAACCUGCGCGGCCUCCUUGCCGACUCGGACGCGCAAGAGACGGGCAACCGCGAGAUCGCCGGCGAGUGGGUCACCAACAAGCGCCUGUGGCGCCGCAUGACGCGCGAGUGGACGCUCGACAAGCCGGCCGAGGCGGGCGCAGGAGGGAACAAGGACGGCCUCGUGUGCCUGUACCUGCACGGCGGCGCCUACUACAUGUUUUCGGCCGAGACGCACCGGUACCUCACCAUCUCGGUCUCGCGGUACUGCGACGCCCGGGUCUUUGCCAUCAACUACCGCCUCGCGCCCGAGACGCGCUUCCCGGGUCAGCUUCACGACGCCGUCUCGGCCUACAUGCGCCUCACCGUCGACCUCAAGAUCCCUCCAGAAAAUAUCAUCAUUGCCGGUGACAGCGCGGGAGGAGGACUUGCGCUCGCGACGCUCAUGUACCUGCGCGACGAGGGCUACCCUCUACCGUCGGGCGGUGUCCUCAUGAGCCCGUGGGUCGACCUCACCAUGUCGUGCGAGAGCUGGACGACCAAUCGGCCCUACGACUACCUGCCGACGCCGAACGACGAGGACGACCACAUGCACCCGGUCAAGUGCCUCCUCGGCGACCAGAUCGACAAGUACUUGACGCACCCGUACGUCUCGCCGCUGUUCGGCAAGUUCGAGGGCCUGCCGCCGCUCCUCAUCCAGGCCGGCGACGCCGAGGUCCUGCGCGACGAGAUCACGCUCCUGGCGCACAAGGCGGCGAUCGCGGGCGUCAAGGUCGAGCACGAGAUCUUCGAGGACUGCGUGCACGUCUUCCAAGCCUUCCUGUUCCUCGAGGCGAGCCGCAAAGCGUUCCAGUCGCAGCGCUCCUUCGUCAAGCACACUCUGCCGCGGCUCAAGCGCAAAGCGGCCGAGCGCGCCGCCGCCGCCUCGUCCACCUCGGCCUCCUCAGCACCCGGCUCGGCGUCGACCGCCGCAGCGACGUCGAACGCGCCGUCGCCAGACGAGCGCGACGAGUCGAGCGCGACGGGCGGCUCGGCGUCGUCGGGCUUCGACUUUGCCGAGGUCGACCGCUCGAUCGCGGCCGACGCGCACGAGGUCGACCAGCAGGGCAACGCCGACAAGAAGAGCCUGCGGUCGCCGCCGAGCGCCGGUGGGCUGGACCUGCCGAGCGGGAGCAGCGAGGAGGACGAUGUCGAUCGGCUCGACGACGAGAUGGACGAGGACGACGACGACGCGCUCGGCGUGACGGACGUCGAUAUGGCGACCGACUCGAGCGAUGCGGCGGCGUCGCCUGUCCUGAGGGGCAAGCGUCGCGCCGUCCACUCGCCCGCCGACGAGCGCGCUACCGCCGACGCCCUCGUCAACGUCCAAGCGCCCUCGCCCGACCCGAGCAGCAGCACACUCUUCGCCGCACCCUCGACAUCCACCUCAUCAUCUUCGAACUCGGCUACCGCAACCCGCACGAGCACGAGCGCGGGCGCGAGCGAAGGCUCGAGCCCGACAGCGCUCGCCUCGCCAAGCCUCGUGGACGCGCACCCGAGCGUGCGCCCGAUCCUGCGCGCGUACGCCUCGGCGCGCGACCUGUCGAUGUCGACCCUGCGCAAGACGACUCGCUGUCGUCGCCCUCGGCCGCUGGGCGCCGCCUGUCGCUCGCGCCGGCCCCCUCGUCCUCGGUCACGGCCUCGGCCGCAACGCCGACGCCCUCGUCGUCGCCGCGCAAGCGCCGCUCGGCGACCGUCACGUCGCCGCGGUCGCCUGCGACCGCGACGCCGGGCGGCGGCGGCGGCCUGAGCGCGCC